GUGUCAGUCUUAUGGGAGCCAGGGAUCAAAGUUCUCGGAGAGUUGGAACUGCUUUUCACUAGGUUUUAUUUACUUUGUGCAUGUAUGUGUGAUCACACGGAGGUCAGAGCACAACUGGUGGGAAUCUAUUCUCUCCUUCCAUUUUAUGGAUCCUGGGAAUUGACCUCAGAUUCUCAGGCUUGGCGGCAAGCACUUUUAUCCCCCAAGCCAUCCUGCUGGCCCUCUAGAAGUUACUUUUGCUGUUUGUAGCCGACCUUCUGAGAUCCCGAUCCUGGCUAAAAUUAUAGGCUAUGGAACCUGGACUGACAUCUUUGUUUGGAGGAAUUAGUAUUAGGUAGAAGGGUGGAGCCAGACUUUUCCCAAGGACCCCCAAGUGGUGCAUCCCUUUUCUGUGAGAAGAUCACAGCUGAUGAGAUGGCUACCACACUAGAUUUGAAGUCAAAGGAGGAGAAAGACGCUGAGUUAGACAAGAGGAUCGAGGCUCUGCGUCGGAAGAAUGAGGCUCUCAUCCGGCGCUACCAGGAGAUCGAGGAAGACCGGAAAAAUGCUGAAUCGGAGGGUGUGGCGGUGACAGCUCCCCGGAAAAGCCGUUCCAUGGAGAAGGAGAAUGUGGCAGUAGAGGAGAAGAGCCUGGGUCCCUCUCGGAGGACUCCUGGGACCCCCAGACCCUCAGGAGCCAACAGAGGGGGCCGGACCCACCCCCAGCAGGGAGGCCGGGCAGGAGUAAGCCGGGCAUCCCGAGGCUGGGAGAAUGGUGCUGGGGAACAGCUUCGAGGAGGAACUGGAGGCCGGGGCCAGAGAGGCCGGGGCCGGGGAUCCCCUCAUCUCCUAGGGGAUAGCUCAACCUCUGAUCGCAAGUCCAAGGAGUGGGAGGAGCGGCGCAGGCAGAACAUUGAGAAGAUGAAUGAGGAGAUGGAGAAGAUUGCUGAGUACGAGCGCAACCAGCGGGAAGGAGUACUGGAGCCCAACCCAGUACGCAACUUCCUGGAUGAUCCCCGGCGUCGGGCUGGACCCCUGGAGGAACCUGAGAGGGAUCGCCGGGAGGGCAGCCGCCGGCACGGCCGCAACUGGGGAGGUUCUGACUUCGACAGGGUACGCUCUGGCUUGGAGCAUGAGAGACAGGGCCGCAGGGCUGGCCUGGGCUGUGGGGGCGACAUGACAAUGUCCAUGACGGGCCGAGAGCGGUCAGAUUACCUGCGCUGGAAGCAGGAGAGGGAGAAGAUCGACCAAGAGCGCCUGCAGCGACACCGCAAGCCGACUGGGCAGUGGCGGCGGGAAUGGGAUGCCGAGAAGACCGAUGGCAUGUUCAAGGAUGAGCCAGCUCCUACCCACGAACUGUCCCACCGCUAUGAUGACCAAACUUGGGCAAGGCCCCCUAAGCCCCCCACUUUUGGAGAGUUCCUUUCUCAGCACAAAGCAGAAGUCAAGAGCCGCAGGAGGAGAAAGAACAGCCGACCCCAGGCCAAGGUGGCCCCUCAUGCCUAUAGUGACCAUGAUAAUCGCUGGGAGACAAAAGAGGAAGCUGUGUCCUCAGCCCCUGAGUCCUCUCAAUCCUUGUCCGUGGAGGAGGCACCCACACGGCAGCCUCCGGAGACCCCAGCCCCAGCCCACCGGCCUCCUGAGGAGGAUGGUGAGGAAGAUGAGGGGGAAGAGGAGGGAGAAGAGGAGAGGGAAGAUGAUGAUGAGGAUGAAGAAUGGGAGGACGUGAGUGAAGAUAUCACGGAGGAGGAGGAGGACGACGAGGAGGAAGAAGAGGAGUUUGAGGAGGAGGAGGAAGAGUGUCCUAAGGAGCAGGAGGCCCCAGCUGUUCCAGAUCACCAGCCUGGAGAGGCUGAGCCAGCUCGGAAGCCCACCUGUGAGCAGGCGGACCCUGCACCUGCCAGGCCCCAGGAGUCAUUGUCCCCAGUCCCUGUUGAACCUCCCAGCCCCUUGUCGCCCACCGGGGACCACCAGCCCGUGUCCGACUGGGGAGGUGACCAGCCAGCCCUUGCCUCCUUGGAGAGUGGGCCAACCUUAACAAGAGCCCCGAAGUCUGAAGAAGAGGGGCCUGAGGCAUCUCCAGGUGGGGUGCAUGAAGCUGGUGGAGAGGUAGGCCCCGAGGGCCAGGAGACAGCGGAGAUCACAGACUUCCAGAGGGUGCGUUUCUGCAAGGUGGUGGCGGCCACUCCGCCGCCGGGGGCUGCCCGCUGACAGCGCCAGCAAACA